AUGCUUUUCAAUGAAAUUAUCAUUGAUGAAAUAAGAAGUACAAUUCGAUUUGAUUUAUUUUAUUCACAAUGUUACCCAACAUAUUGUGCUUAUUCAUAUUUACAUCGUUUUCAUAUAAUUUUCAUUAUCACAACACUCUUUGGUAUUUUAGGUGAUUUAUCGUUUAUUUUAAAAUUUCUUGUACGAUUCAUUGUUGCAAUGAUAUUACGGUGGAAACAUAAAAACACAUCAAACAAUACAACAUCAACAAAUAUUCGUCAAAAUAGAUGGAUAAUUCUCUUACAUCAACUUCAACUAUUACCCUAUCAGAUCAAACAAAAGAUCGUUCGUUUGAAUAUUUUUGAAGAUCAGACACCAUGCACACCGAUCACUAUUUUUCGAGAACAAUUUCUAACAAGAAUCUUUAUUGUUCUCAUCAGUAUUUGUUCUAUUAUCUCAUCCUAUGAUAUUUAUCAAGAAUUAUAUGAGAAAUAUCCAAAUACAUUAAAAUGUUCAUGUCAACAAGUAUCGAUUCUGUAUAAAAUGUUAAUCAAUGUUACAUUCGUAUUGCAUCAAGUAUAUUCGAAUGAUCUUGUUUCAUCAACAUGGUUAUAUUGUGUUUCAUCGUUAAACCCUAUUGAAUUAUCUUAUACAGAAUUUUUUCUUAAUUUUCGAGCUAAAGGUGCGGCUUAUUUCCAGCUUUUGUUCUUUUUCUGUUCGUUAGCUGAAAGUCAUAUUAACGAUGCAACAGAUAUUUUCAGUAAUACACGUUUUAUCAAUUAUCAUAGUCUUCCUCCACCACUAUUUGUGCAACAAACUGUAGCAAUAAUUGAAUCAUAUAUUGAUCAUAUGCGAGAUGAUUUUCAGCGUUCAGUCAAUUGGAAUCAAAUUGGUUUAGAUAUCAAUCAAGUUUUAACUGGAACAAACACGAAUGUUUAUAUUUAUAUCAAUAAGAAUGGUUCAUUCAUUUUCAAAAAAGGAUAUUUUGUUCGGCGUUUUUACUUAGGUAAUGAUGGUAAUUAUGCUGUUACUGGUACCUGCGAAUGUGAAUUUGAAUAUAAGGAUAUUCCUUGUUUAAGAAAGAAUUUUUUAUUCCCAAAUAGAACGAAUGAACUUCGAUAUGGAUAUAUAUUUCUUGAUUUACCAGUUGGUUGUGUACCUUUAAAUGGCUUUUUAAUAUCAACAUUCUCAUGA